UAGUGUAAUUCUGUAUGAGUUAAGACGUAAUAUUUGUUUGAGUUUAUAUGUACUAAUUCAUUGGUGAGUAAAGAUUUAUUAUUUUUUUUUAGAAAAUUUUUAGUGUAUCUUUAUUUAAAUUGGAUUCAGUUGCCUUAUCUUCUAAAGUAGUAUAUUAUUAUCUAUUUAUCUUCUAAAGUAGUAUAUCUAUUCUAGAAUCACGUGUUACAAUACUCUAUGUUCAAGCUUGUACAUUUUUAGAAUUUUCACCAGCGUCACGUACAUGCCGUAACGAGAAUCGGAAUGUUUUCUCUGAUGUGUAUUUGGACUACCUACGUUGUAUGGAAUGUCCACAAUUUCUUGACUAUUGUCAUAUUUUAAGAUACAUCGCGGUUUUUUCUAUAAAUUUAAUUUUUAGUUGUCAAUGGAUAGUUUUUUCGUUAAGUGGGAACCGCAGCUUUUUGACUGGGAUAUCGCGAACGUCAACAUUACUAUCAUCAGGGCAUAAGGUGAUCUUAAUAUAUCUUUUUGUCACUCUAUCUCUCUUCCCAGCUAUUUAUCCCACAUGGUAGUGGGAUUAGCUUUCCUUACUUUACUCCUCCACUUCGUUCUGUCUUCGACAUCUUCGUCAGAAACACUUUAAUAGAUCUUCUUGUCUAUGGACAUAAAAAUGAAUGUUUGUUCUCUCUGCGUCCCUCAACUAUUCAUCGGAUUGUCAUGAAACAUCUUACAAUUCGUUGUCGCAAGUCUCACAGACAAUUUAAACUAAUUUUACGGCUUAAUCUUAUGUUAUGUUAUUUUAUUGUUAUUAUAACGAAAAUUUCAAUUUCUCUAGAUAGUUGCAUCAAUCUAUAAAUUAUAUCAUCAUCAUAGUUAAUCCCACGUAUAGUAGGUACGUAAAGUCAUUGAAAUAAAUAAAAAACAACUUUAACUUGAAUGAACGAGAAGAACUUCAUUUAUUUAGCACCUGGCCUGCUCUUAAUGUGAAUAUGAAAAACCUAACUCAAACAAAUUCCCGGACCUGAAGAUACUGUUAGUUUUUUCUAUGUGCAGACUGCAAAGGGAUGUAAAAUUCCGAAAGCAUUUUUAAAAAAAAUUGGACUGUAGAUAAUACAGUAUCGAAAUCUCGACGGCUAACUGCUUAGUCGCCAUAUUACCACCACUUAACCACGUAGUUAAGCCUUAGACACUAGUCAAGUACGAAGAGCAAAUAAGUUAAACAUACCUGUACUAUUUUUUUUACCGUAAAUAAAUUUUAGAUGAUUGAUCUUUUUACCAGAACAUGAUCACUUUAAUCUGGUUGGGUGUACUUCUGGUGACACUGACGUUACACCUCAGGAAGGUGUACUCAAGGUUCAAGGAUUAUGGCGUGAACCACUUCACGCCGAUCCCGGUGUUAGGAAACGCUGGUCCAAUAACAGUGCGACUUCGGCACGUGGCUGAGGACUUCGAUAUGGUGUAUAAAGCUUUUCCAGAGGACAGGUUCACAGGCAGAUUUGACUUGCUGCGGCCCACGGUUAUCAUCAAAGAUUUAGACCUCAUAAAGCAGAUCACUAUAAAAGACUUUGAGCAUUUCCUGGACCACAGAGCUUUGGUUGAUGACACCGCUGACCCGUUCUUUGGCAGAAACCUAUUUUCUUUGAGAGGUCAAGAAUGGAAAGACAUGCGGUCCACGUUGAGUCCUGCUUUCACCAGCUCCAAGAUGCGUGGAAUGGUCCCUUUUAUGGUGGAAGUUAAUAACCAGAUGAUUGAUAUGAUUAAAAAAAAAAUUGUGGCUAAUGCGGAUGGCUACCUCGACUGUGAAGGUAAAGACCUGACCACUCGCUACGCUAAUGACGUCAUAGCAUCCUGUGCAUUCGGCGUCAAGGUGGACUCCCAUACCAAUGAGGAAAAUCAGUUCUAUCUUAUGGGUAGGGACAUGGCGGAUUUUGGAUUCCGAAAGAUUAUGGUAUUUCUCGGUUACUCUUCGUUCCCGAAAUUAAUGAAGAAAUUCAACGCCAAACUUCUGUCUGAUGAGACUGGACAUUUCUUCACCGAUUUAGUUCUCAGAACGAUGGAAGACCGUGAGGUUAAAGAAAUUGUGAGACCUGAUAUGAUUCAUUUACUGAUGGAGGCAAAACAAGGCAAACUUUCUUAUGAUGAAAAAAGUACUAAAGAGGCUGACACUGGAUUUGCAACAGUCGAAGAAUCCGAUGUCGGAAAAAAGACUAUCAAUAGAAUCUGGUCCAACACCGAUUUGAUUGCCCAAGCAACCCUCUUCUUCGUGGCUGGCUUUGAGACUAUUUCGUCGGCGAUGUCGUUUGCACUUCACGAGUUGGCUCUAAACCCUGAAAUUCAGGACCGUCUGGUGCAAGAGAUCAAGGAAAACUACGCGAAGACUGGGGGGAAAUUCGAUUUUAACUGUAUUCAAGAUUUGACUUACAUGGAUAUGUUUGUGUCGGAGGUACUUAGAUUGUGGACUCCGGUAGUCGGCAUGGAUCGUCUCUGCGUCAAAGAUUACAAUCUGGGAAGAGCGAACAAAAACGCCACUAAAGACUUUAUCCUCCGCAAAGGCGAAGGAUUGUCUAUCCCGACCUGGUCAAUCCAUCACAAUCCUGAAUACUACCCCGAACCCUAUAAAUUUGACCCAGAGCGCUUCUCCGAGGAAAACAAACGGAACAUCAAACCGUUCACUUAUCUACCAUUCGGGACGGGUCCGAGGAAUUGUAUCGGUUCAAGGUUUGCUCUUUGCGAGGUGAAAGUCAUGUUAUACCAGCUCCUGCAGCAGAUCGAAGUUCUUCCGAGCGACAAGACUAAGGUUCGAGCGAAAUUGGCGAAGGAUACCUUCAACGUCAAGAUCGAAGGAGGCCACUGGAUCAGACUCAAGCUUAGGGAUUAGAUUUUCAAAUAAAUUGUUUUUACUGUUGUUUA